AUGCUACUGCCAAUAGAAGAACGGAAGCAUGAAAUACAGGAGCUAAUUAGGAAGAACCAAGUGCUGGUUCUUUCCAGCGAAACCGGAACCGGAAAAACAACGCAAGUUCCGAAAUACGUGUACGAAAUGUACAAAGAGCCUGUUAUUUGCUCGCAGCCUCGAAGAAUUGCCGCUAUAAGCAUAGCAAAGCGAGUAUCGGAGGAAAUGAAACAGCCUCUGGGAAAGCUUGUGGGAUAUAGCGUGCGGUUCGAAGAGUGCUUGUCCGAGCAUACAAAAAUACGGUAUGUCACAGACGGAACUCUGCUGCGAGACUUUAUCGACGACCCAUGCGUGUCUCAGUACAAAGCAGUUAUAAUUGACGAGGUGCAUGAAAGAACCAUUAACAUUGACUUGCUUCUUGGGCUGGUCAAAGAUGCCAUAAUGACCAGAAGCGACUUGAAGGUCAUCAUAAUGAGCGCCACCCUCAGCACAGAGAAGUUUUUGGAGUACUUCCCGGGCGCCUCCACCUUGCACAUACAAAGCAGGUCGUAUCCGAUUGACGUUGUAUACUCUCCUGCAGAGAAGGACAACUAUGUCGACAAGUGCAUUGAUGUUGUCAUAAAAAUAGGCGAGACCGAGCCAGAAGGCGACAUUUUGGUCUUUUUGACUGGAGAAGACGAGAUAGAAAACUGUGUCAAGGAAAUCCACUACAGAAACAGCAAGCUAAAAAAGAAGCUGGUGCCGCUUCCGCUCUACUCGUCGCUUCCCAUGAGCGCACAGAACGCCAUAUUCGAGAAAACAGCGGGCAGGAAGGUUAUAUUUGCCACUAACAUAGCAGAAACCUCCAUUACAAUAGAGAGCGUGGUCUAUGUGGUGGACUCUGGGUACUCGAAGCAAAAGAUAUAUGACUCCCAAAUGCAGUCGGAAAUGCUUCUGCGCCUGCUCAUUUCCAAGUCCAGCGCAGACCAGAGGAAGGGGAGAGCUGGCAGGGUGCGCCCGGGCAUAUGCUACAGGCUGUACGAUAUCGAGACGUACAACAACAUGGAGCUGUUUACAAUCCCCGAAAUACUUCGGGGCGAGCUUUCUUCUCUGAUUUUGAAAAUGGCGCGUCUGGAGAUAAAAAACCUCGUCACAUUCGACUUCAUCGAGCCGCCUUUGCCGGACUCUGUCAUUAUGGCGCUGAACCAUCUGUACUUUUUGGGCGGAAUCGACUCCAAUGGAAACAUCACCGAAGAGGGCCGGCUUAUGGUCGAGUUUCCGCUGGAGCCCCGCGACGCCAAAACGCUUAUUGAGUCGGUUCGAUACUGCGUCGAAGAGGAAAUCAUCACACUCGCGUCCAUUUCUGGAAACCUGGUGUUUGAUAAGAAAAGGUUCGAUCUUUACAUGGAAAAAAGCGACCAUUUGUCGCUGUACUGGAUCAUGAAGGACUAUGAGAGCUCGCACGAGAAAAGAAGAUUCUGCUAUGCACACGGGCUGAACGAGAAAAACUUGGAAAACUCUGUGAAGUCCAAGCGGCAAAUCCGGAAAAUACUUGACAAAAUAAAGCCUGGCAUUGCCGUCCAUCCGAACCUGGAUGGGCUGGACACACAAGUGCGCGUGGAAAUGGCGAUUCUUGGCGGAUAUCUUCUGCAGACAGCAUACUCCUGCAAAGAGCGAGUUGCAUUUGUUUCGGGAACAGGCGCCCAGGUUCAGGUGAGAAGGCUGACGCCGCCUGCACGCACGCCCAUGCGAUCCAGGCACGGGUCUCGCCCAUGCGGCGAGCCCAAAUGGAUUGUUUAUAAAGAACUUACAAAAAUGGACGGGAAGUACGUAGUAAGAAUGGUGAGCGAUUUGACGGAUGGAAUAGCCAAUAGAAUUUUCAACGAAAAGAAAGAAUCUCUUUCGAAAAUCCAGUUCUCUCUGGACACAGCUAUAUCUGCCUCUAAGCGGCGCUAA